GGCAGAUUGUACAGCCUUCUUGGCGAAAACAAUCCAGGUCUUGCCGGGAGGACGCACAUGACAGUUAUGACCUAUCCAACUCUUCUUAGGGAGGGCACAAAGAAGACAGUAUUCGUGAAUUUCAUGGACUCGUGUCGAAAGAUGCGUAGGCAACCAAAACAUGUGAUGGACUUCUUGCUUUCUGAACUGGCAGCAAGUGGAUCACUUGAUGGGCAGCAGAGAUUGGUAGUGAAAGGAAGAUUUUCACCGAGAAACUUAGAAUCUCUCCUAAGAAGAUAUAUCUAUGAGUAUGUGAUUUGCAACGGAUGCAAAGGCAGUGAUACCACUAUGUCCAGGGAAAAUCGUCUCCUCUUCCUUCGCUGCGAGCAGUGUGGGUCCUCUAGGUCCGUGGCUCCAAUCAAGGCUGGAUUUAUCGCACGGGUUACUCGUGUCAGGGCCUGA